AUGGUGCAUGAUCAGAAGAGGGAUCAAAGUGAAGAACCAAACACUUUCCGGGUGGCAAAUCUUCAAGUCCGAUCCUUCAGUGCUCGGUGUUUAGGCGUCGACACGCGCAGCUAUUUCAAAGACGCUGCCGGGAACUCAACUUCCUCAAGAUCAGUUAUCAUCAAACCGAAGCUGCAGAAGAUUUUAUCCGGGAAAGAAGAGGUUGACUUCUCCAGGGAAGCUGCCGAACAAGACAGGGUUGAGAAAUCGAAUGGGAAGAAACAGUGUAGAACCGGAAAUCAGGAGAGAAAAGGGAUGAGGAGAAGCUCAUCAGCUCUCGAGUUUGAGGAGGUAAAAGGGUUCAUUGACUUGGGAUUUGUUUUCACUGAAGAGGACAAGAGUUCAGGCCUGGUUUCGAUCAUUCCGGGGCUGCAGAAAUGUGGCAAAAUGGCUGAGGAUCGUGAAAAAGUUGAGGAAAAUGAUCGAGUUUCCAGGCCUUAUUUGUCUGAAGGGUGGGGUGUUCCGAAUCAGAGAAUGGGAAGCAACAACCAUUUGAUGAACUGGAGAAUCCCAUCUUCAGAGAAUGAAAUCAGAAUGAAAAAGCAUCUCAAAGUUUGGGCUCAAACUGUUGCAUCAUUUGUUAGAUAA